GUUAAAACACACCACGAACCUUCACUGCAAUUUUCCUCCGUUUUCCCACUCACUUUCCCUCUCUCCAAACGUUUAAGGGUUAGAGUUGGGAGUGUUCUGAGUUGCAGUUCAUCUGGCCCUGAAGAUGGUUAUGUAUUCAGAGCGGGGUACAUACUGUUGAUCUUAUGCUAAUAAGAAUAUGGAAUAGCAAGAGUUUAAGGCUGAGAUUCAUGUGUAGUGCUGGGUCUUUGCAGCCAUUAGGUGAUGGUCAGCUAAUGUGGAUGGUAAUGCAUUGUUUGCUGAUGCACAGGCGAGUUUGCUGGUUUGUUGUGUUUGUGCAUCUUUAUACAUCUGCUCUUUCCUUUAGUUUGAAGCAGUAUACAGGUGGAGGAAUUGAGUUAGGGAACCAUUUGUUUGAAUCGAGAUUAGUUUUAAGUAAUGAUUCUAGAAGUGACCCAUUUAUCCUUCUAUCUCCAUCAAGUUAUUUUUCGUCUUGUGAGGACUUGGGAGGUGUUGGAUCCUUUAAUACUACUUGCUUGAUAAACUCAAACUUGUAUUUGAACUCUGAUCUUGAAGUUUAUGGUACUGGAAACUUGGAGAUACUGCCCCAUGUUUCAAUCAAGUGUCCGCUAGAUGGUUGUGCUAUUACCUUCAAUAUGUCUGGCAGUGUUAAUUUGGGUCAACAUGUGACUAUUAUUGCUGGCUCAGUAGCUAUUGCUGCUGCCAAUUUGACUGUGGAGUACAAUUCUUCUAUUGACACAACAUCCUUGGGUGGUUCUCCACCUCCUCAAACCAGUGGUACACCAGUUGGCAAUGACGGAGCAGGUGGAGGACAUGGUGGCAGGGGAGCUUCCUGUUUGAAAAAUAACAAGACAAACUAUUGGGGAGGUGAUGUUUAUGCUUGGUCAACUUUGUCCAAUCCAUGGAGUUACGGGAGUAAGGGUGGUGGCACCUCUGGUCAAAACCAAUUUGGAGGAAAUGGUGGGGGACGUGUUAAACUUAUAGUGAAAGACAUGCUUUAUCUAAAUGGAUCAGUAACUGCUGAAGGUGGGGAUGGAGGACUAAAAGGGGGAGGUGGCUCUGGUGGAAGUAUCUCCAUAAAAGCCAUAAAGCUGAAGGGAUAUGGUACCAUGAGUGCAGCAGGUGGAAGGGGCUGGGGUGGAGGUGGUGGUGGAAGGAUAUCCCUGGAUUGUUACAGCAUACAAGAAGACGUAAAAGUUAUCGUGCAUGGUGGUUUCAGUAUUGGUUGUCCUGGGAAUUCUGGAGCAGCUGGUACAUAUUUUAAUGCAUAUUUACUGAGUCUAAGAGUUGGCAAUGAUAAUGUCACAACAGAGACAGAAACACCAUUGCUUGAUUUUCCUACUAGCCCUCUUUGGUCCAAUGUUUUUGUGGAGAAUAAUGCAAAAGCCUUGGUUCCUUUGCUUUGGAGCAGAGUUCAGGUGAGAGGCCAAAUUAGUUUGUAUCGUGGAGGCACAGUUGUCUUUGGAUUGUCAGCAUAUCCUGUAUCAGAAUUUGAGCUGGUUGCAGAAGAGCUUUUAAUGAGUGAUUCCAUCAUAAAGGUAUAUGGUGCAUUCAGGGUCUAUACCAAAAUGUUACUCAUGUGGAACUCCAAAAUUCUAAUAGAUGGUGUUGGAAAUACGGUUGUAACUGCAUCUGUCCUUGAAGUAAGGAAUCUGGUUGUUCUAAGGGAGAAUUCUGUUAUUAGUUCAAACACAAACUUGGGUGUAUAUGGCCAAGGACUGUUAAAGUUGACUGGCCAUGGUGAUGCAAUCAAAGGCCAGCGUUUGUCCUUGUCUUUGUUUUAUAAUAUAACUGUUGGACCUGGUUCUCUACUUCAAGCUCCAUUGGAUGAUGAUACAAGCAGGAGUGUGGUUACAAAGCCCCUUUGUGAGACACAGGCAUGUCCAAUAGAUUUGAUAACUCCUCCAGAUGAUUGUCAUGUUAAUUACACGCUGUCCUUCUCUCUUCAGAUUUGCCGGGUUGAGGACCUUCUUGUAAAUGGAAUUAUGAAGGGAAGUAUAAUUCAUAUUCAUAGGGCAAGAACUGUCAUCAUUGACGCUGAUGGUUUGAUUACUGCAUCUGAAUUAGGUUGCAGCAAAGGUAUUGGAAAGGGAAAUUACUCUAAUGGAGCUGGUAGUGGUGCUGGGCAUGGUGGGCGAGGGGGUGCUGGAUGUUUCAAUGGGUUGGUUAGCAAUGGUGGUGAUGAAUAUGGGGAUGCUGAUCUUCCCUGUGAGUUAGGAAGUGGAACUGAGGGCCCCAAUUCAUCUUAUGGCCGUGUAUUUGGAGGGGGAAUGAUUGUGAUGGGUUCCACCCAAUGGCCAUUGUUAAGGCUUGGCAUUUAUGGAUCUUUAAGGGCUGAUGGACAAAGCUUUGGUAAAGAAACCAUGAAUGGUAAUGGAUCUUUGGUUGGUGGACUUGGUGGAGGUUCUGGUGGGACAGUACUUCUUUUCCUUCAAGAGCUUAUGCUGGCAGAGAAUUCAUCUUUAUCUGUCAGUGGGGGCAGUGGUGGUCCUCGUGGAGGUGGGGGUGGUGGAGGUGGAAGAGUGCAUUUCCAUUGGUCCAAUAUAGGCAUUGGGGAGGAGUAUGUUCCAUUUGCUAGCAUAAGUGGCUUGAUUAAUAAUAGUGGAGGUGCUGGGAACCAAGGUGGACUUUUUGGGGAUGAGGGCACAGUUACUGGGAAAAAAUGUCCAGAAGGCCUCUAUGGUACUUUUUGCAAGGAAUGCCCCAUUGGCACUUACAAAAAUGUUGAGGGAUCUGAUGAAGAUCUUUGCACUCCUUGCCCUCUUGAGCACCUUCCAAAUCGAGCUUUUUUCAUAUAUGAACGAGGGGGAGUCAGAAAGCUAUUUUGUCCUUAUAAAUGUAUAUCAGAAAAGUAUAGGAUGCCAAAUUGUUAUACGCCUCUUGAGGAGCUGAUCUAUACAUUUGGAGGUCCCUGGCCUUUUGCGCUUCUUCUGUCUGGCAUUUUGGUUCUUCUAGCUUUAUUCUUAAGUACUUUAAGAAUCAAACUGGUUCAGUCACAUUCUUGUGGUGCAAAUAUUGGACGCCAGAGUAGUCAUUUUUCUCCACACCUUCUUUCUCUAUCAGAGGUGCAAGGAACCCGAGCUGAAGAAAGUCAGAGCCAUGUCUACAGAAUGUACUUCAUGGGUCCUAAUACAUUUAGAGAACCAUGGCAUCUUCCUUAUUCUCCUCCUGAUGCAAUAAUUGAGAUUGUGUAUGAAGAUGCUUUUAACAGAUUCAUCGAUGAGAUCAACUCAGUUGCUGCCUACGAUUGGUGGGAGGGUUCAGUUCACAGCAUACUUUCAGUGCUUGCAUAUCCUUUUGCCUGGUCCUGGAAACAAUGGCGUCGGAGAAAUAAAAUUCAGCGGCUUAAGGAAUAUGUCAAAUCUGAAUAUGACCAUUCAUGUCUCCGUUCUUGCAGAUCACGAGCUCUAUAUAAAGGGAUGAAGGUUGGGGCAACUCCUGAUUUGAUGGUUGCAUAUAUUGAUUUUUUCCUUGGUGGGGAUGAAAAGCGAGUAGAAAUGGUAUCAUAUAUACAGAAAAGAUUCCCCAUGUGCAUAAUAUUUGGUGGUAAUGGAAGCUAUAUGUCACCAUACAAUCUUCACAGUGAUACAUUGCUGGCUAAUCUUCUUGGCCAGCACAUUCCACCAACUGUUUGGAAUCGCUUUGUGGCUGGUCUGAAUGCUCAGUUGAGGACUGUGAGACAUGGAUCUAUACGUUCUGCACUAGUUCCUGUUAUGAACUGGAUAAAUAGUCAUGGAAAUCCCCAACUUGAGUUCCAUAGUGUGAAGAUUGAGCUAGGAUGGUUCCAAGCCACAGCUUCUGGUUACUAUCAACUUGGUAUCUUAGUAGUGGUUGGUGACUAUACUAUCCAUAAUGUUCACCAUCCUGAUUUGGUAGAUAGAAGCCACAGUGAAUGUCUAAGGAAAGAUGCUGCAUCUCUAGGAAAAAGCCUUAAGCAGCACCAGCAAAGUUUGCCAUAUUCAAGCCAUGCUUUAUCUCGUAAAAAGAUAACUGGGGGAAUUAAUGGAUGUCUUAUUAAUGAUGCUACCUUGAGAUCUAUGGAUUUCAAAAGGGAUUUUCUUUUUCCAUUUUCCCUUUUAUUGCACAAUACCAGACCUGUUGGUCGUCAGGAUACCUUUCAGCUCCUGAUUACCAUCAUGCUCUUGGCAGAUCUCUCAGUAACCCUUCUUACCUUGCUUCAGUUCUAUUGGAUUUCUCUGGGGGCAUUCCUUGCAAUCCUGCUUAUUCUUCCUCUAUCACUUCUUUCACCCUUCCCAGCGGGUUUGAAUGCCUUGUUUAGUAAAGAACCUCGGAGAAGUUCACUAGCUCGUGUUUAUGCCUUAUGGAAUGCUACAUCUUUUUCAAAUAUAGUUGUGGCUUUCUUUUGUGGCAUUUUUCACUAUGGAUUUUCCUCUUUCCAUCCACCUGACAACACUAGAAGGGAGGAUGACCAGUGGUGGCUCUUGCCAACAAUUCUCCUGCUAUUUAAGUCAAUACAAGCUCGUUUUGUUGAUUGGCACAUUGCUAAUCUGGAAAUCCAAGAUUUUUCCCUCUACUGUCCAGAUCCAGAUGCUUUUUGGGCACACGAACCCUGUUCAUAGCACAAGCAUCUCUAUUAACUUAUUAAGCCAAGGAGAUAUCAAGUUAAGGCCUUACCCUCUGCUUUGGCUUCGGCAGCUGUUUUCCCAUGUACAUUUGUUCAAAUUUGUACAAAGCAUUGAGUAUAGAUAUUCCGUUUGCCAUCUGUGUAAGUAUAGUGACACAAGCAUUGAGUUAUGGAGAUAGCUCAGCUGUGUAUUAUUUACUGUAAACUACAGCAGAAUGCAUUGAUUUAUUUUCACAUAUAGAAGGCUCCAGGUCUGUUUGCCUGCGUGGGUAAAGUAUGCCAUUUGCAAAAGGCAGAGAGCUGUUAAUCUACUCCCUUUGUAAAACAGUGUCUAAUUCUGAGAGAGAGAGAGAGAGAGACUGUUGAUCUUUUGAAUUGAAGAUCUAAAUUCUAAUAACAUCAAUGAUCUUAC